UGACAUUUCGUUCGUCCGUUUUAAAUUCGGGGUGUGGCGACGAGGUAACUCUAACACCAUUCUUCUCUAAAACCUCCCCAAACCCCAGGAGGAUAUUCCUGUUCAAUGGCGACCUCAAUUGCUUCACAGCUCCAGGCAAUCAAAUCUAUAGUAAUAUCUGAUUCAGUGACGCGGAAACGCCCGUUUACGCGUCCUUCAAUCUUGUUCGAACCAAAGGAAGCUGCUGACAUAGACGUCGAAACCAUCUAUUCCACUGCUCUAUCAGGCCUGGAUGUGCUAAUAAGUACUGAAGAGAGAUUCAAGAAUUACAAAAAUGACUUAUUUAGUCCUAAGAGUAGAGAUUUGGACAGAGAGCUGAUGGGAAUUGAGGAAAACAAUGGAAUCAAUUCAUCAAUCAGUUCAUAUCUGCGGUUGCUGUCAGGAUACUUUCAGUUGCCUUCAGCCUUAAAGACACUAGAAUACUUGAUUCGAAGAUACAAGAUUCAUGUCUAUAAUAAGGAGGAGUUAAUUUUAUGUUCUUUGCCGUACCAUGACACACAUGUUUUUGUUCGAAUCAUCCAAUUAAUAGACACAGGGAACAGUAGAUGGAAGUUUCUUGAUGGUGUGAAGAGAUCUUGUGCACCACCACCCAGGAAGGUUAUUGUGCAACAAUGUCUCCGCGAUUUGGGGAUUUUGGAGGUUUUGUGCGAAUAUGCAACACCAGCAAAGAAGUGUCAGCCAUCCGUGCCGGUGAUUGGAUUUUGUACAGCUGUAGUUGUUGAGGUGUUGGGUUCCCUAAUGACCAUUGAUAGUGAUGUUGUGAAGAGAGUCCUACCUUAUGUUACUUCUGGACUUCAGCAUCAUGGUAAAGGAGGAGAUGAUAUAAAGGCUGGUGCCUUGAUGAUUGUGAGCCUGUUAGCUGAUAAGGUAACACUGUCCCCUAAUGUUGUAAAAAGCUUGAUUCGGUCCUUAGCAGACGUGGCUUGCAGUGAUGCAAGGGAUUCUACUGGUGUACAAUGGCUUCACUUGUCGUUUAUGGCGUUGGUGAGCCUUGUUCAGUUGCAGUCCGUUGAAGUAAUUCCAAAGAAGAGCAUGGAGAUCCUGAAUGGGAUCAGCGAUAUUGCGGAAUUUCUAAGCGGACUGACGGAGGAGUUCAACAUUGACAAAUUCCUGGGCGUGUUUUUGGACUCCUUUCUAGAGUACAGUUUCUCUGAUGAGUUAUUCCAUCAGCCUUUUUUAGUGAUAAUUGAGAAUGUUCCUGUGAAACGCUUUGUUGACCGCAUAGUCUCAAAGAUGCUAAAAACAUGUGCGAGGAUAUUUAAGAACAGUGAUUCAUCUGUGUCCAACACAGGAAAAUUCGCCGGACAGAUUAUGGUAUCAUUGCAUAAGAAAUAUCCAUCUGAGUUACGAUAUGAGGUUUACAAAUUUCUUCAGUCAAAGAAGGAUGGAUCCAAUCAGGAAAUACUAAGCCAGAUGUUAGAUGGGAAUAUGGAUUUCUCUCAAGCGUUACUUGAUUCAAAAGUUUUGUUUUCCUUGGAACAUCCAAAGGCACAAAUUCGCCGUUCCACUAUUUUGGGGUUGGAUGUGCCAAGUUUGUUAAAUGACAAGGCUGUUGGUUCUCAGAGAUUUGGUACUAUUCAAGAUGCAAUAUCACACCGGCUUUAUGACAAUGACCUGCUUGUCGUAAAGGCAGUUUUGAAUCUGGAGGCACUGGCUGAAAUAGUAAAUCCUUCAUUUCUUCAAGAUGCACUUCAGAAUGUGCUUCAGAGAUGCAUUGGACUUUUGGCAUCUAGUGCACAGCAUGAAUCUUCUCUAGCAGUUGAUGUUGCUGCGGCCUGCCUUCAGCAUUCUGCAACAAGUUUCCAAGAGAUUGGCUUAUCUGCCAAGAAGUUCGCGACAUUAGUUUUCCCUUUGAUAUUGAUUUUUCCAAAGACUCAAGAAUUGAAUGUGAAGGCUCUGGCAAUGGCCAAAGAAUUACAGUGGCCUUUGUAUACCAAUCUUGUCUGUUUGCCAGACCGAAAGAAGAAAUUGGAUGCAAGUGGUAUAUCCUCAGUAAAUGCAGAAAAUAUCCGCACAUUGGCAACAACCCUCUUAAUGCAUCUUGGGGAUUAUCUUCCUUGGAUUGUUGAAUGCUGCAGUGCAUCAGAGUUAUCAAAAACAUUAUUCUUUUUGGUUGUAUUGGAAUUACUCACAUUGCCGGAAAUUGGGGAUCAGUUUUUGACAUUAUUUGACACCUGCUUUCCAAUUCUAAAAUCUCACUGGGAUUUACUGAAGUCUUCAGGGGAUGAUAUAUCUGCAAGUGAGUUUAACUCGGGCAUGGAUGGAGGCCACAAAGGUUUUCUGGAACAUAUGGAUGAGACUAAAAUAAAAGAGCUGAAUGCGGAAAUUCUUAUCUGCUUGUUUUGGAGGUUACUUGAGCCUUUCAUUGCAAUGGGAUCUGAAGAUGUAUCUAUGGACAAUAGUGAGAAGUGGAUAUCUUCUCUUCAGGACCUACUUAUCUUUUUCAUGUCCCAAUCAAAACAUACUUUCAAGAAGCAUUGUGAUUACCUUGUUACAAAGUGCAAGAUUCCUCCAUCUCACUAUCUGUCAAAAUUCUUCACUGAAGAUCAUUCAGCAGAUAUUCAAAUUGAGAGCCUUCAUUCUUUUUCAUAUCUUUGUACUCAAACGGAGGACAACCUUACAUUCAAUAAACUCUUUGCCGAGUUUCCAUCAGUUCUUGUUCCUUUAUCAAACGAUGAUCAGGGAGUGCGGAUGGCAGCCAUGAGCUGUAUUGAAGCACUUCAGGCUAUGUGGUCUCGUGUUAAUUUCUCCAAAUUUAGAAAUGGCCUUUCUGUGGCGUGGAUUCAUUUUCUUGGAGAUCUGUUGACCUUAAUGGUUCAGCAGAAGAAGCUGAUAGUCUCAGACAAGAAUGUUCUCCCAUCUUUCCUUACAUCCCUACUAAGCUCUUCAAGCCAGAGCAUUUUAGUGCAACAUAAUAUUGGAAAUAGAUUUGAUCAGAAAACAAAAGAUGAAAUCUUGGUGUUCCUUGUUGGCUCUGCUCUAGGACUUUCUGCCUAUGCGAAGCUAAGAAUUCUAUCACUACUUAAAGGAUUGGGAAACAGGUUAAUGCAAUUUGCUGGUGUUGAAUCACUUCUUUGUGAGCUUCUGAAAAGGCGGCGUGGAUAUCACCUUGGAUAUGAUAAGUCAUAUCCUAAAUUGUCAAAGGCUGAAGUUGACAUUCUUUGCCUUCUGUUAGAUAUCUGCACAACCCCUUCUACUUCUAUUACCGGUAAGGAAUUGAAGGACACUAUAUUGAUGGCUUUGCAGCUCAAUGCUGUGCCUUCUGAAGACCCCGCUGCUGUGGAGCCCUGUAUAACUGUUCUGAGAAAUCUUACCAAUUCUCUUUAUGGAAUGUUAGAGACCACAACUCAGGAAAUUAUCUUUCGAGAACUUGUAUAUCUGUAUCGGAUUGCAAAUGGUGAAAUACAAGAUGCCACUAAAGGGGUCUUGCUUCAGAUUGAUAUUAGUUGCUCCAUUGUUGCACGCAUGCUUGAUUCCAUCUCAAAUAAGAGCAUUAAAACUAUUAGCUCAGCACAUGGAAGGAGAAAAAGAAAAGGAGCAAUUCAUCAAGAGUCUGAUGUAUGUGAUCUGAUUCUGAAAUCCGAGGAUCCACGUGCUUUUACUAGCUCUCUACUGGAUGUUCUGCUGUUGAAAAAAACCCUGGAGAACAGAAUCUCUCUUAUAGGUCCAUUGUUCAAGCUUCUUCACAAGAUCUUUUUGGACAGUGAUUGGAAUCAUUUAGCAGCAGACUCAGAUGCAACUUUGCCAUCUGAAAACCCUCAGACUAUUUCUGUUACUGUAAUUAACAUUCAACAGACAGUGCUGCUAUUAUUGGAAGAUAUUGCUGCUUCAGUUACAGCUAAGGAUGAAUUUGUGGACCUUGAUAUUGAACUUCUAAUCAGAUGUGCCCAUUCUGUAAGCAAUCCUGUGACCUGCAAUCAUGUUAUGUCAUUGCUAUCAACUAUAGCAAAGGUCAUGCCUACCAGAGUUUUGGACCAUAUUCCUGCUAUUCUGAUUAUGGUGGGGGAAACCACCAUGACACAGUGGGACAGCUAUUCCCAAUGUGUUUUUGAUGACCUCAUUUCUGCUAUUGUGCCAUGCUGGCUGUCUAAAACUGACAGCACAGACACUUUGAUACAGAUCUUCGUGAGUUUUCUACCCAAAGUUGCGGAACAUCGAAGACUUUCAAUUGUUAUGCACCUUCUCAAGAACCUAGGGGUGAAUACUAGCUUGGGAACACUGUUUUUCCUCCUCUUCCGUUCACUUAUCUCUAGAAAGAUUUUGUCAUGCACCGGUGAUGCCAACCCUUUAUUGGGUAACUUGAAUUCUAGCAUGAUAAUGGAAUGGGAGUAUACAUUUGCAGUGCUUUUAUCUGAGCAAUAUGAUUGCACUGUAUGGCUUCCCUCCAUUGCUACUCUGCUUCAGAAAAUAGACAUAGAUUGUAGGAGUGAAGAAAUGUUUAUGAUCUUGGUAGUUGCAGACCAUUUUACUUCAAACAAACUGCAAAAUCCAGAAGUUUCUUUCAAGCUUGAUUUAGAAGGUGUCUCAGAAAGCAUGCAGAAAACAAUUGGUUCUAUUUCUGAGUUUAUGGUAUCUCAUCUGCUACUAUCGGAAUCCAAAAAAAAUCAUAUGGGUACCCCUGUAAUCAGGAAAGAACUGAAGGAGAACAUUCGUGCUGCUUUGAAGGCCAUUGCAAAGUGCCUUAGACCCUCAAUAUACUUCAACAUUGUUGUGCAAUUGCUUAAAAAUGCAGAUAUUAAUGUCAAAAAGAAGGCUCUAGGGAUUUUAUGUGACACAGUGAAGUCCACCGGUACAAUACAAGCAAAGCAUGGGAAAAAAGAACUAAGUUCAAACUCAAGAGACUCUUGGGUUCUUCUUGAUGAAGUUUCUUUGGAAGUAUUCAACAAGUUGUGUCUAGUUAUACUGAAAUUUAUUGAUGAUUCUAGUGAACACUCAAGUAGUCAAUUGAAACUGGCUGCAGUUUCAACAAUUGAAGUUUUAGCUGUCAGAUUCCCUUCAGGGGGUUCAGUCUUCAACUUAUGCCUUUCAUCCAUUUGUAAAAGUAUCUGUGCGAACAAUAGUUUAGUCUCUUCUUGCUGUCUUCGUACCACUGGUGCCUUGGUCAAUGUCUUGGGGCCAAAUGCACUGCCUGAGCUUCCUUGUAUAAUGGGAAACCUGAUACAAAAGUAUCGCGAUUUCUACAAGUCUACACUACCAGCUAGUGAAGAAAAUGAGUACAGUCUUAAUGCAUCAUCUGACCAAAGCGAGUCUGUGUUUAUGUCUAUCCUUGCUUCCUUAGAUGCAGUUGUGGAUAAACUAGGUGGUUUCUUGAGUCCAUACCUGGAAAACAUGCUUGAACUUCUGGUUUUGUGUCCACAAUAUACAUCCACACCAGAUGUACAGCUGAAGUUAAAAGCUGAUGAUAUAAGAAAACUUAUAGCAAGUAAAGUCCCUGUUCGACUUUCCCUUCCACCAUUGCUGAAGAUAUAUCCUGAUGCACUUAGAUAUGGGGAUUGUAGUUUAUCCAUUACUUUCACAAUGCUUGGAGGCCUUGUAGCUACAAUGGAUAAGUCGACUAUUGGUGCCUAUCAUGCAAAGAUAUUUGACCUGUGCUUGCAAGCUCUUGAUCUUCGCCGCCUGCGCUUGGAAUCUGUUAAAAAUAUUGAUCUUGUUGAGAAAAAUGUUAUUAAUGCUAUGGUGGGUCUAUCUAUGAAGCUGACUGAAAAAAUGUUUAGGCCUCUCUUUAUUAAGAGUGUUGAAUGGUCAGACUCAAAUGUGGAAGACAAUGAAAUAAGGAAGUCCUAUGAUCGCACCAUUGCUUUCUAUGGUUUGGUGAACAUGUUUGCUGAAAACCACAGGUCAUUGUUCGUCCCAUACUUUAAGUACUUGCUGGAGGACUGCAUAAGACACCUCAAGGAAGCUGAAGAUGGGAAAAUUAUUGGUACCCAGAAAAAGAAAAAGGCCAAGCUUCUGGAAACAGUCAAGGAUGCAGAUUACAGUUUAUCUGUUCGAACGUGGCAUUUAAGAGCACUGGUUUUGUCUUCUUUGCACAAAUGUUUUGUUUAUGAUAAAGGAAACAACAAAUUUCUCGACUCUUCCAACUUUCAGGUCCUUUUGCAGCCUAUUGUGUCCCAGCUAGACACAGAUCCGCCAAUGCUGUUAGAUCAAAACCCAGGCGUACCUUCAGUAGAGGAAGUUGACGACUUGCUGGUUUCGUGUAUUGGUCAGAUGGCAGUGACUGCAUCCUCUGACCUUUUAUGGAAACCAUUGAAUCAUGAGGUGUUGAUGCAAACUCGUAGCAACAAACAACGCACACGCAUCUUGGGAUUGAGAGUGGUGAGUUACCUGGUGCAGAACUUGAAAGAAGAAUACUUGCAGUUUUUGGCAGAAACAAUGCCAUUCCUUGGCGAACUGCUUGAGGACGCCGAGCCUUCUGUUAAAUCCCUUGCACAAGAGAUUCUCCGGGAGAUGGAAUCGAUGAGCGGAGAAAGCAUUCGCCAAUACUUAUAAGAAGAUGCCAUGCUGUGUAUACACACUACAAAAUAUUUAUCCUAGUGAUAAAUAUUGUACUAUUUAUACUAUUCGCCUAGUAAAAUAUCUUUUCUUUUGUUCUCUUGUGCGGUUGUGCCUCUAGUUAUUAUUCCUACCCACAUUUUCGUGACUUCACCGAGCACCCAGAUACUUGUGGUCUUCGUUCUGAACACUUUUUGCCUGAUAUGGCUACAAAAUUAAAAAUUUUGGAGUAUAUUUUCGAGGAUGACGGUGCUUAUAAAAUUUGGUAUUCCUCAGCCUUUGCUCCAAUUUUGAUUUUC